UGUCGGAACUUGAGGAGCGCAAGACAAGGUUAGACCAACAUUGGUCUGAAUAUAGUAGUGUGCAAACGCAAAUUGAGGCGGAAGACGACUCUGAGAUCACUGACAGAGUCGCUUUCGAGGAAGCUUUUUACAGUUUAGCAGCUAAAAUACGGCUAUAUACGCGAAACGCUUCUAGCCAGCGAAGUGCGGCAGCGGCUUCACCGACGCUGUCCGAGGUCUCUGAAGCGCCAGAAUCGCUCUUUAAUGUCAGAUUGCCAAAACUAGAUCUUCCUAAAUUUUCAGGGAAGUACGAUGAAUGGUUUCCUUUUCACGAUACCUUCCAUGCCAUUAUACAUGCGAAUCCCUCGCUUAGCAAUGUUCAUAAAUUACAAUACUUGAAAACAGCAGUCACCGGUGAUGCAAGUAAGGUAAUAAGCUCCCUCGAAAUAUCAGAUGCGAAUUAUCAAGUUGCAUGGAACCUUUUAAAAGAGAGGUAUGACAAUAAGCGAGUGAUAGUUCAAAAUCAUCUCAGGCACAUUCUCGAGCUACCGGUCAUGAGCAGAGAGAACGUUUUAGAGUUGAGGCAAAUAGCUGAUGGUGCCACUCGACACAUACAUGCGUUAAAGGCGUUGAAACGUCCUACCGAUGCCUGGGAUGAUCUACUAGUCUACCUUCUUACUUCUAAGCUUGAUACGGUUACAGCGCGGGAGUGGCAGUCAUCUCUCAAGGGUUCGGAUUUGCCCACUUUGAAACAGUUUCUUGAAUUUUUAGCCCAUCGUUGCCAAGUUCUCGAAACCACGGGUAAGUCAUCCAAUUCUGUUGUAAAAAAUGCCUCAUCACUGCAUCCUUCAAUUAACAAGCAAAAGGCUCUGUGUAACGCGUCUGUCAAUUUGAAGUGUUACUAUUGUCAAGGUGAACACUCUAUUUACCAAUGUAAAUCGUUUCUAGCAUUGCCGAUUACCAAAAGGAUGGCAGAGAUUCGCUCCCGAAAAAUCUGUUUGAAUUGUCUCAGAUCAACCGAUCAUACUGCCAACAAAUGUCCACCAGGGAAUUGUAGAACCUGUUCCCGUAAGCACAACACAUUGCUACAUACUUCGACGCCAUCAAAUUUGCCUAAGGUUGGUGAGAACGAAGGAGAGGAGGUUUCUGUGCGUGAGUCGGCUUCUACAGGGGCCUCAGAUAAGGUGGGCGCUCAUGCCUCUAACAUUACUAAUGGCGGGCACGUACUACUUUCUACAGCAGUGGUCUUCGUACAGGGCAAGGAUGGUUCGCAGAAAUCGUGCAAAGUAUUGCUAGAUUCUGGCUCUCAAGCCAACCUCAUUUCACGCGAUUGUCUGGACUCCUUGGGAUUGGCCUCACGCCCGGUGAACGUUGCCAUUUCGGGCAUAAAUGGCACCACCACGCACUCGCAUCAAGCGGUUCGAAUUAAGCUAACUUCCACCGUAGGUUCUUAUUCCGCUGCGAUUGAUUGCAUUGUCACUAACCGCGUAGCAGAGGACCUUCCGUCCUUCACCAUAACGCGAUUAGCAUUUAAGUUACCUCGUAACAUUCAAUUAGCCGAUCCUAAAUUCCACGUAUCUUCGAAGAUUGAUAUAUUAGUCGGGGCGGAGAUUUUUUGGAACCUCGUAUGUAUAGGUCAAAUAAAGGCUUCUAGCGAGCACCCGACGUUGCAAAAGACAAGACUCGGCUGGAUUUUGGCGGGCCGUACGAAUACCACUGCGACACGCGUCCAAACCGUUCAAUCGCUUCAUACUUCAGUAAGCAAUUUUGAGCUCCACAAUCAGAUCGCUAGAUUUUGGCAAAUCGAUGACGUUAGCAAUAACCCUACUCCAUACACCAUCGAACAGAAAAUUUGUGAAGAGCAUUUCCUAGCUAACGUUUCUAAAAAUGAGCAAGGUCAAUACAUAGUCAAGUUGCCGUUCAAACAAAAUAUAUUACGACAUCUCGGUGAUUCAAGGUCCAUUGCUUUGAAACGCUUUCGAGCUUUGGAGAAACGUUUCGAUCGCAACCCGGAGCUGAGGACACAGUACUCAGAGUUUAUGACCCAAUACCGUGCGUUGGGACACAUGAGACUGGCCACUCAUCAGCCUUCAGAUGAAUUCGAGUCUUGUUACUUGCCGCACCACU